UUCCUCUCGCGCUGCCCCCAGCCCCGCUUGCCCGCUCGGUUUGCCAGCCCUCUAGGGCGCCGCGGCCGUGGGGAGGAUGAGCCGCAUCUACCACGACAGCGCCCUCCGCAACAAGGCGGUGCGGAGCGCGCGGCUGCCGAGGGCCUGGGACCCUGCCGCUCACCAGCGGGGAGAUGGCGUCCUGCUGGAGGGAGAAUUACUCGAUGUAUCCCGGCACAGCAUCUCGGAUGCCCACGGCAGGAAGGAGCGCUACUACGUGCUGUAUAUCCGGCCGAGUCGCAUCCAUCGCCGAAAGUUUGACCCCAAGGGAAAUGAAAUUGAGCCCAACUUCAGCGCCACCAGGAAGGUGAACACAGGCUUCCUCAUGUCCUCUUACAAGGUGGAAGCCAAGGGUGACUCGGACAGACUGACGCCCGAGGCACUGAAGGGGCUGGUGAAUAAGCCGGAGCUGCUUGCGCUGACAGAGAGCCUCACCCCCGCUGAGACAGUGGCCUUCUGGAUGCCUGAGUCAGAGAUGGAAGCCAUGGAGCUCGAGCUCGGGGCUGGGGUACGGCUGAAAACUCGAGGCGACGGCCCCUUCCUGGAUUCAUUAGCCAAACUCGAGGCUGGAACAGUGACCAAGUGUAAUUUCGCUGGUGAUGGGAAGACGGGAACAUCCUGGACAGACAACAUCAUGGCCCAGAAGUCUUUGGAGGGGGCUGCAGGCGAGACUCGAGAGCAGGGGGAUGGUGCAGCGGAUGAGGAGUGGCCAGAAGAAAUUCAGCAGCAGAUUGUUCGAGAGACCUUUCAUCUAGUUCUCAAGCGGGAUGACAACAUCUGUAACUUCUUGGAGGGUGGAAGUUUGAUUGGUGGCUCUGACUACAAACUGAUUUAUCGGCAUUAUGCUACCCUCUACUUUGUAUUUUGUGUGGAUUCCUCAGAGAGUGAACUUGGGAUCUUGGACCUCAUCCAGGUUUUCGUGGAGACUCUGGACAAGUGUUUCGAGAAUGUUUGUGAAUUGGAUUUGAUCUUCCAUAUGGAUAAGGUACACUACAUCCUUCAGGAGGUGGUGAUGGGUGGGAUGGUCCUGGAAACAAACAUGAAUGAGAUUGUGGCUCAGAUUGAAGCCCAGAACAGGCUGGAGAAGUCCGAGGGUGGCCUUUCAGCUGCACCUGCCCGGGCAGUGUCCGCUGUGAAGAACAUCAACCUGCCAGAGAUGCCCCGGAAUAUCAACAUUGGCGAUCUCAACAUCAAGGUCCCCAACCUGUCCCAGUUUGUCUGAGGGUGGAGGACAGCUGAACUAAGUCCUUGGAGCCAGCAGAGCCGAGCCAGCCCUGCAGCACAACCCGCUCUACACCCUCAAGGAGUCCAGCCUUGGGCCCUGGCCCCCACUGUCCUGGAGCAGGAAAGAGCCCUGUGUCCACUGCCAGCCUUCUCACACGUGCGGCCUUGCCCAUCUCUCGGACACACGGCAACUGCGGAUGUGAGGGGCCCUGGCUACCUCAGUGGGGGUCAGGUGCCCAAGUCAUACGCCCCCUUUCCCUCCCGUGUGCAGCCACUCCCAGGGAUUGGGGACUGUAGUGAGAGCCCUCUCCCCACCUCGAUCCCAGAACCCCAUCCUGAGGAUGUGUGCUGACUCGAGGCUUCAACCUUGAGUUGAAGGCUCCCUGAGAUCCUGCAGCGUUGACUGUGAUGGCGAGGUGCCGUAGCUGGGAACAGAUUGACCCUCUAGAUCUGGAAACAUGGUGCAUGGGAAACAAGGACAGGAGUUUAAGGUGAUCCAAAGUGGCCUGCUGGCUCUCCUAGGGUUGGCACACCCAGAAUCCUUUGGCACAGCCCAGCCUUCUCACCCCCACCUACGUUCCCCACAGCCACAGUCCCAGCUCUGCUCGCCCAGCUGUGUGUGUGUAUAGGACACAGUCCACUUUGUAAGCCUGUUGCUUGCCUGCCUGCACAUUUCUGCCCAUAGGGAGGGUACUCCCACAGCCAGAGUGGUCCCCGUCAAAGGGGCGGCGCCCCAUGUCUGUAGAAGGCAAAGCUGGCAUGUGGAACAUCUCAGAAUUGUGACUGUGCUAGGUUUAAAAUACAUUCUCCUCCCGAGCAGUAGAUGGGUCAGUUGCUGUGUUCUGAAUGAUGGGUGUUCUCUGGGUGGAAAGCCACUGCAGUCUGCACCAGCUUGUGGAGCAUGAGAGCCUGAACCAGGGCCCCUGUUCUGGACCUGGGACACAGGCAGCGUGCUGGCUGAGACCUGUGGCAGCGCAGCAUCUUUUCCCCACAUUCAGAGGGUCCCUCCCUGAGCUCACUCUGGGCUUGCCCUGCGCCCUAAGGUGACAGUUCACUAGAGCUCGCUGUGGAAACCCAGAAAUAUUUCCCAUGUGGUGAGGGUCUUUGUGCCUGUGGUUGGUCAUCUUAGAGAUGGAGCUGCUCCUCGGAGCAGUGCCUCUUACCCCUGCACUGCCUCGGGGCCAGGCUCAGGUGCCUUGAUGAGCUGCCUUGAGGUUAGGGAGCUCUCUGUGCCACGCUACUAAGUCUCCCAGCCUGGGGACUUCUUGUGCUUGCCAGCUGGUAGCCCAGACUGUUUCCUCAGGCCUCCUGAUGUUGUCGCAGAGCCUAUCUGAGAUGUGCCCAACAAGACCAUGUGUGGAGUCACGUCUUCUCCUGCUUUGAACAGUGCUUCCUGUGGUGGGUGUCCUUUAUUCCCUGUAGCCUCUUGACUCAGUCUUUCGGAACCUCUCCAGUAACCUCAGAGAUGGGCAGUGUUGCUCAGAAGAUAGACACUUAUGUGGGAAGAGGGAAAUGUAGGUAAAUAUAUCUAUCCAAUGUCAAAGCCU